CAGUCCCCACUGAUGGUGAUGGAGGCAGGAUUGAAUGGAUGCUGGCUUUUGCAAGUUCUAGCCUCCCUUUGGCUAAUGAAACAUGACUUGGUGUGUGGGGGUUGCGGGGGAGGCUCUGUAAUCAGAAGGAAUAUUUUUCCUGAAGUGGGCGUGUUUGUCUUAGUGGGACUGUGGCUUUAAGAACAUUGCCUGUAGGGUUCCUGACGGUCCUGGGCAAUGGGUGGAGUAGAAUGUUCUCCUCUCCGCUGCGAGGUCUUCAAGAGGAUGCAUGAAACCCUGUUCUUGAACUUGUAAAGCAGUCUAUGAAGGUUCUUAAGCUGCACAGAUCACAUUCGCUUCUAGUCCAAGGGUAUCAGGAAUGCUCCAAAUACCUUGGAGCCAGAAGCACUCUGUCUCACAAAUGACAGAAGGCAGAGGGCCUGUGAUGCUCUCGGCUCUGUCACAGAUGCGGCCUUGAUCUAAUUUCCUGGUCCCAGUUCUGUCAUCAGCUCUGGUCACUGUCGCCCUCCCCCAUGGUGAAUGGGCGUCAGCCAGCUUGAGCUUUGGCUCUUGACGACAGCCACUGUGAGGUCAUGGGCUCCGAAUGCUGUCCUUGAGCCAGACCAGGGCACCCACCAUCUGUCAGAUCUGCUUCUUGUCUCCAAACUGGACGCUGGAUCCCAGACUUGGGGCGGAGGUGCUGAUGUUGGCUCCUCCUUUGGCUUCUCACGGAGUCAGGGCUGCCCCUCUCUGCCCAGUCAGAAAGGCUGGCAGCCCUCUGAGGGCUAUUUAGGAUGUGGGUUGCACGGACUUGAGCUGUCAGCCAGGCAACAGCUCUCCUGACGUUUGUCUGCGUCUGUCCAACGGAUGCUGUGGCCUCUCUGUGGCUCAGAGACCCAGGUGCCUGGUCAUCGCCUAUGCCUGGUACCUUGCUGGCCUCCUUCAACAUCCGGACCGAUCAGCCACACCUGCGCCCUGCUGACGACUUGAGCAGAAGGCAUACCAGGAACUUGCGUCCUUUGCUGGCCACACACAGUGGACUCCUGUCGUCACCAGCCACAUGUCCCACCUCAAUGCCUCUUCCCUUGAGCUGGCCACCAUCACUGCAGCCCCUUGGGGAAGGAAUGUAGUUGAGGGAUGGGGGCUGGUACAGAGGCUGUGGCCUAGUGGCCAAGGCCAUGUUGAAUUACCCAACACACUCCUUCCCCCUGUGGGCCACAGAGGUGCUGUGACAACACUCAGUGUAGUAUGCUUCCUCUGACCUGGGGAGCUGGGACUGCGCCUUCCUCCACCUUCCUAGAGAUGCCUGGGUCUUCCAUCCCCAGUCCCCACGGGACUGGGUGACCUGCUCAGGGCCCACUCCCCUCACCAUACUCUCUCCCUGGGCCGCCCCCUCCAGCCUCACUCUCCAUGGCCACGCACAGAAAUGGAAGAGACAAGGGUCAGCUGUCCUGUCCUGUCCUCUCUCUGCACCCCGGGGUGCUCAGAGACUGAGCGGCCAGGCCUGAGGGGGGGAUGAGGAGCUGGAGGGCAUGCCUGCUGCUCAGGGGUAUGUCCGGUGUGGGUGCUGAGCUGAGUGGUCCCUCUGCCUGGAUCUAAUUCCCCUUCACCUCCUUGGCCUCCAAGGCUGCCUUUCUCCCUCCUCCUUCCUCAGCUCCAGACUGGGCUCUGCCCGGCAGCUCCUGAAUUGGCCACACAGGAAAACAAUGGGGCCUACACAGGGAACAGCCCUGCUAUUUAUGGGAAGGAGAAUGGGGACUGGCUGGUUCCACGACCUGCGGAGAUGGUCACCAUGGGGCCUUGUCCCUGCUACUGAAGGCUGCCUUGUUGUGGCCUCAUCAAGUAGCCUUCACCCUGGGCUGGCUGCACCUGCUGUGAUAACAGAGCCCUCGAAGCCCCUGUGGUCAGUUCAGAUGUGCAAGGGAAGCAGAGGCCUGCGUGUGACUGGGACAGCUUGGGGACAGGCUGUGUCCUGGGCACCCCGCUGGCUUUGCAGCCCGGAUCUGCAAGCCAGCGCGGGAUUGGGGAGCACAGCCCUGGAAAAGAACCAGGAUUUCUCAAGCCUCUGCUGUAGAAGCGGCUGAAAAGGUGCCAGUGGUGCAAGAGCCAGUAUUUCUGCUCAGGCCGUAGCAAAACUCCAGUGUCCGUGACCCUGCCGUGGUGACAGCAGCCCCUUUCUCACCUUGCCAGCGGGACAUGCAGAUUCCAGGGGACCGUGCGGCUCACCCGCUCUGUGCUGUGGUGCCAGGACGCUGAGUGGCAGCCUGGGGACAGGCCCGCCCAUCGCCCAUGAGUGUUUGCUGCCCAAGGCCCCCUGCCUCAUGAGGAUGUGCGCUGCCCCUGUCAGGGGGCUGCUCACCACCCUGGUGGUGCUGUUUGGAACGGCAGUGACGUUUGCACCUGUACCCCGGAUCACUUGGGAGCACAGAGAGGUACGGCUGCUACAGUUCCACGAGCCAGGCAUCUACAACUACUCCGUCUUGCUGCUGAGUGAGGACCAGAACACCCUGUACGUGGGCGCCCGGGAAGCCGUCUUCGCCUUGAAAGCGCUCAACAUCUCGGAGAAGCAGCACGAGGCGUAUUGGAAGGUCUCCGAAGACAAGAAAGCAAAAUGUGCAGAGAAGGGGAAAUCAAAGCAGACAGAAUGCCUCAACUACAUCCGGGUGCUGCAGCCCCUCAAUGCCACCUCCCUCUAUGUGUGUGGAACCAACGCCUUCCAGCCGGCCUGUGACCAUCUGAGCUUAACAUCUUUCCAGUUUCUGGGGAGAAAUGAGGAUGGCAAAGGAAGGUGUCCUUUCGACCCAGCCCACAGCUACACCUCCGUCAUGGUCGAUGGAGAGCUGUAUUCCGGGACAUCGUAUAACUUCCUGGGGAGCGAGCCCAUCAUCUCCCGGACCUUCUCUCACAGCCCCCUGAGGACAGAGUACGCCAUCCCCUGGCUGAAUGAGCCCAGCUUUGUCUUUGCCGACGUGAUCAGGAAACGCCAUGAGGGCGCCGAGGUGGAGGACGACAGGGUCUACUUCUUUUUCACGGAGGUGUCUGUGGAGUACGAGUUCAUCUUCAAGCUGCUGGUCCCACGGAUAGCGAGAGUGUGCAAGGGUGACCAGGGCGGCCUGAGGACCCUCCAGAAGAAGUGGACCUCCUUUGUGAAGGCCAGGUUGACCUGCUCCCGGCCAGACAGCGGCCUGAUCUUCAACGUGCUGCGGGACAUCUUUGUGCUGCGGGCCCCCGGCCUCAGGGAAGCAGUGUUCUACGCAUUGCUCACCCCGCAGCUGAACAACGUGGGGCUGUCGGCCGUGUGCGCCUACAACCUGUCCACGGCAGAGGAGGUCUUCGCCCGCGGCAAGUACAUGCAGAGCGCCACGGUGGAACAGUCACACACCAAGUGGGUGCGCUACAACGGCCCCGUGCCCACGCCGCGGCCUGGAGCGUGCAUCGAUGGGGAGGCACGGGCAGCCAACUAUACCAGCUCCCUGAAUCUCCCUGACAAAACGCUGCAGUUCGUCAAAGACCACCCCUUGAUGGAUGACUCCGUGACCCCCAUCGACGGCAGGCCCCGCUUGAUCAAGAAGGACGUGAGCUACACCCAAAUUGUGGUGGACAGGACGAAGGCGCUUGACGGCACCGUCUAUGACGUCAUGUUCCUCAGCACAGACCGGGGUGCCCUGCACAAAGCCGUCAGCCUGGACAGUGAAGUACAUAUUGUUGAGGAGACGCAGCUCUUCCAGGACCUCCAGCCUGUGCAGACCCUGCUGCUGUCGUCGAAGGAGGGCAGGAGGUUUGUCUAUGCCGGCUCCAACUCGGGCGUGGUCCAGGCGCCCCUGGCCUUCUGUGGGAAGCACAGCAGCUGUGAGGACUGCGUGCUGGCACGGGACCCCUACUGUGCCUGGAGCCUGCCCGCAGCCGCCUGCGUGGCCCUGCCCCAGGCCGAGACCCCCGGCAGGAGCCUGAUCCAGGACAUGAGCGGUGACGUGGCGGCGUGCCCGGAUAAAGUUAAAGAAAGUCACCGGCAGCAUUUUUUCAAGCACGGUGGCACGGCCGAGCUCAAAUGCUCCCACAAGUCCAACCUGGCCCAGGUGGUGUGGAAAUUCCAGGACGGCUUGCUGAAGGCUGAGAGCCCCAAGUACGGCCUCGUGGGCAGCAAACACCUGCUCAUCUUCAACCUGUCGGAAGGAGACAGUGGGGUGUACCAGUGCCUGUCGGAGGAGAGGGUCCGGAACAAGACCGUCUCCCAGGUGGUGGCGAAGCACGUGCUGGAGGUGAAGCUGCUUCCACGGACGCCCACGGCCCCCACCUCGCCCACGACUCACUCCGAGGGCAGUAGGGUUGGGACCAAGGGGUUGGUGCCGGCCACCCAGGGGCCCUCCCUGACAACCCUGGCCAUGCGGGCCACCUCUCCCGGGGCCACCACCACUCCACCUUCCAGACCCGCAGCCACCAGCAGCACGUCGUGCGAACCAAAGAUCGUCAUCAACACAGUGCCGCAGCUGCACUCCAAGACGAUGUAUCUCAAGUCCAGUGACAACCGGCUGCUCAUGGCCCUCUUCCUCUUCUUCUUCGUCCUCUGCCUCUGCCUCUUCUCCUACAACUGCUACCAGGGCUACCUGCCCAGCCAGUGCUUGAAGUUCCGCUCGGCCCUGCUGCUGGGCAAGAAGAAGCCCAAGUCGGACUUCUCGGACCUGGAACAGAGCGUGAAGGAAACGCUGGUGGAGCCGGGGAGCUUCUCACAGCAAAACGGGGAGCACCCUAAGCCAGCCCUGGACACGGGCUACGAGACAGAGCAGGACACGCUCACCAGCAAAGUCCCCACAGACAGGGAGGACUCCCAGAGGAUCGACGACCUCUCGGCCAGGGACAAGCCGUUCGACGUCAAGUGCGAGUUGAAGUUCGCCGACUCGGAUGCUGAUGGCGACUGACGUGGCCCCUGCGGCCCGUCCCCGUGUCGGCUGGCCGGCGCCCGUGUGCGGAGCUUCCUGUCUUCACCCGUUCCGUAGCCGAUUCUCGUCAUCGUGCAGCAAACCUCAGUCUUCUGUUUGUCUCCUGGGUUGAGCCUGUGACUUUUUCUCUCUUUGUCCUGUUGGAGAACUGCAAGCUUCGCAUCCUGGUCUGGUGGCCCGCGGUCCGAGCAAGUGGCGGGCUCAGCGGUCUGGGGGAGAGAUGGUUUGCAAGCCCGUCGGCUGAAAAGAGUGCCCCUGCGGCUUCCCCGCCUCCCAGCAGCCACUGAAAGAUAAUUUAAUUCCAGAUUGGAAAUGACAUUUUAGUUUAUCAGAUUGGUAACUUAUCGAGCCCAUUGUCCAGAUUGGCACGGACCUUUUCUUCAUGUGAUUGUGUUUUUUUUUUUUUUUUUUUUAGGAUUUUGCGUAGAUUGUGUUGAUCUCUUCAGUUGUUACUUUUUUUUUAAAUUACUGAAGCAGAUGUUUUCAUGUUUAGAAGAUGCACAUCUUCUGGAUUCUGUUCUGUGUUGGGAUAAAAUCCGGCUUAGCUAGCUCAAGAGUCUCAGGGAUAAACUUCCUUUGGCAAAACACAUUCCUGCUUGCAGAGACGGACACGGAACCGUCUGGAACACUCACCUUGGUUGUCCUUCAUUCCUUGAGGGCAGCAGCGUUUCCGGGGCAGUGUUCUUUUUGUGCUCUGCCUCCCCCCUCUUUUUUUUUUUUUUUUUUUCCUCUCUGUCUUAUUUUCACUCUCUUGAAGGGGAGUGGCUGGCUCACAUCUGUGAGGCGGAUUUUGAGUGAGGGGCUGCUGGCUGGACGAGCUCAGAGGGGAGGAGGCCGCUGCGCGUGGCCCAGGCAGUCACCCUGUCCCCCCGCCACGCGAUGGUAUCGCACCCUCUGGACGUUGUCUGCUUGCUCUUGCUGCCAUCUCAUGCCCACUGCCCAUCCAGCACAGCUGGCCUGUCCAUGCCCGGAAGAAGAGUAGGCGGCAUAGGAUGGGGCCGUUGCUGGCAGCUAGCUGAGCCCAGAACACCGUGACGCGCGAGUGCGUAUGGCCUCAUGCCAGAUGGCGUCUCCUGCCGCCGUGGUGGAAGCUGCAGUGGGCGGUUGGGUCGUGGUGCCCGUCUCCCCGCCACGUGGCCAGCCCUCGGGAGGAGGCGCGGUGAACUGUGGAUGUCACUGUGUCUGCCUGGAUGCUCUCAUCUUCCAACAUGAAUGGGAUUCGACCAUGU